ACUGACGUUCUAGUGUGUUCUCUUACGUAUCUUCAGGCGGUGCCUAGUAUUCUAUUUCUGGAGGGUAUCAUGAUCAAUUGAUCAUCUCUCACUUUAAAUUCAAUUCAAUUCCCAGAAAAUUUCUCUAGCUGAGUUUAGGCAAAUUGAAGCUAAUCGCAGUUAGUAGCUUUAUCAGAAAUUCAACCAAAAUGGCAGAAUCUGCUAAAAACAGAUGUGCAGUGGUAACAGGGGCAAACAAAGGAAUAGGAUUUGAAGUUUGCAAGCAAUUGGCUUCAAAUGGAGUGAAAGUAGUGUUGACUUCUAGAGAUGAAAAGAGAGGGAUUGAUGCUCUUGACAAAUUCAAAGGAACUCAUCUUUCUGAUUUUGUUAUAUUUCAUCAGCUUGAUGUUACAGAUCCUACUAGUGUUGCUUCCUUGGCUCAAUUUGUUAAAGAACAAUUUGGAAAGCUUGAUAUCUUGGUGAACAAUUCUGGGAUAGGUGGAGCUAUGAGAGAUGAAGAAGCUUUUAAGGCUUCAAGAGCCAUUGGCCAUGAUCUUAUAGAAAACCAAAAUGAAAUGAAAAAGAUAGCAAUCGAGUCUCAUGAAUUGGCUGUAGAGUGUCUGGAAACAAACUACUAUGGAGCAAAAAGAAUGGUUGAACAGUUCAUUCCACUUCUAGAAUCAUCCGAUUCACCAAGGAUUGUAAAUGUCUCCUCCUCCAUGGGAAAGUUAAAGGGUUUGAAAAAUGAAUGGGCUAAAGGAAUAUUGAGUGAUGUUAAGAACCUAACAGAAGAGAAAAUCAAUGAAGUGCUUAAUCAAUAUCUGAAUGAUUUCAAAGAGGGAUUGUUGGAAACCAAAGGAUGGCCUUCUACAUUGUCGGCAUAUAUACUUUCAAAAGCAGCCAUGAAUGGUUACACAAGGAUUUUGGCCAAGAAAUACACAAGUUUUUGUAUUAAUUGUGUGUGUCCAGGUUUUGUUAAGACAGAUAUCAACUAUAAUACUGGUAUAUUAACUACCGAAGAAGGAGCUAAAACCCCAGUUAAGGUUGCAUUGUUUCCGGAUGGUGGUCCUUCCGGAUGCUUCUUCGAUAGAAACGGUGUCACAUCCUUUGAAUGAAAAGAUUUGAAACGAAAAGUUUUAUGCUUGUUUAUAUAAUACUUUUUCUUCAACCCAAUUGGAGUAUGUAAAAGAAUAGUGAAGAAAUAAUAAAGGUGAA